AUGACCACCAAACCAGCAUACGAUGAAAGUAAUCUCAAACAAGCCGAUGCCGCUUACUGCACAGGCGAGCAAAAUGGAGGUCGUGCAGGGCAAACGUGGCACGAAAUGCUGCUACAUCAAUCGCCAUCAUCCUCUCAGAUUUCUUUCAUUUCCGAAAGGCAAACAGAUACUGGCACUCAACCAUCCACACCGUUGCAAGCACGGCACGGAAUGUUCAGCGAAAUGGACGAAAGUGCAACCAACUAUGACUCUGGGAAUUUCUCAUUCUCUGAAUCAGGCGGUAAGGAGAAGCUUAUCAAAGCAGUUUCAGGAGAUGCGAGCGUGGAUUUGCAUCAGCGAUUCGUACAACUGAACACCGAACUGUACCAGACUAAAACUGAGCUUCUCACCUAUAAAUACAAGUGGAAUGAAAUACGUAAUGAAAUCGAACUGAGCUGGAGCAAAAAGAAUGAAAAACUGCAGGAUGAAAAGAACGAAAUCAAAACCGAGCUAAUAGAUGCACGCAAGGAAAUCAAGCGUCUAGCAUCAUGCACAAGGGAGUCACUUCAUCUACAGGACGAGCGAGACGAGUACGAACUAAUUCGCAUUCGGACAGAGCUAGAAGAUGUUAAGCUUCGGCUGGACUGUAAAGAAAGAGCAAAUGAAUGUUUGAAGGAGAAAAUAGUCGAGCAGCAUGUUGAAAAGGAGAAUUUAGCUCUGAAAAUCAAAUCUCUAGAACAUCAGCUCAUGGGAGCAGGCAGUGAAAUAAGCAGGAUAAAAGCAUCAGAGCGAUGGUUUCAAGGUGAAUUACACAGGUGCCAAAUAGUAAAUGCCAAAUUGAAGGAAUCCAAUAUAUCGCUAAAUGAAGAUCUUCAUAAUGAGCGCAGAGAAAAUAAGAUAUUUGUCGACACAUCAUGCCCUGAUGCAAUUGAAUUACCAAUCUGUAAGGAUGAAUCUCUGUUUAAUACAAGUCUUGAUCAGCAUGGUGACAAAUCCGAAGAAAACGAUGAAUUAAAUCACUAUGAAAAAAUGCGUCAUCACGAAACAGACUUGAUGGAGAAAAAUGAAAUUCUGGGACAUCAGAACGCUGAAUUACAAUCUGUCCUUCGUCAACUGCAAGAUACGUUUCAAAACCAGUGCCAACAAUUGGAAUUAAUGAGUAAACGCGAAAUGGAAAACGCGCAGAAUAUUAUUCGUUUUCGAGAGCAUCGCGAACUCGCCCGAUCCGAAAUCGAAUCACUAUCUGCGCAGCUGGCACGCGAAUGCUUCACAAGACGACAGAUAGAUGUCGCUGUAGAGCGACUGAAAGCGCAAAUCAAAGUUUUGUCGAUACAAUUUGGCGACCGCGAUUGCCAACGGAAGCAUGUGGAGGAAUGUGAGUCCAUUUGCAAAUGCUGCUAUGAUAGGCUGGAGCUUGGUGGAAGUCCUACCACAGAAAAUCAAGUAUUUCGUAGUGAACAAAACAUGUGUACCGAAAAUACAAAACAUCUUUCCGAUGAGCUACAGUUAUUGGAGAACUUUCGGAAAAUACAGUCAAAGAAUUUGGAUCUGGAGCUCAAACUGGGUCAGUGUGCGAGUGCCGAAAAGCAAGACGAUAUUGACGGGGCUUGUCGCUCAGUUGAGAUGGCGAGACGUAGUGAGGCAACCAUCAGAACAUUAAGCAAAAACAUUAAAGACCUGGAACAACAAUUUUUUCCCCAACCUCUCGGAAAAAGCAGAGAUGCACAUGGUAGAACGUUGAAGGGGUGUCCCAAACAUGGUGCCAACUGUCGAAGAAAACUGUCCGCUUCUCUUCGUACGAAUGACGCUGAUGAUGUUGAAAUGCGUGAUUUACGCAUAAUGCUGAAAGCAAUUGAAUGCGAAAAUCGUCGACAGUUGCAGCGGUUUGAGAUCAAUAAUCGUACCCUCCUUAAGAAAGUCAAAGAGCAUGCUCGGGAACGCAAGCAAGCUGAGCAACGUGCGGCAGAGGUUUCGCAAGAGCACGAAAAAUGCGCCAAUCUGCGUUGUGAAAUGGCUACGACACGAGAACGAAUUUUGCUUCUGGAAGCGGACAAGGAAUCAUUUCAGCAGGAAGCUGCAUCGUUACGAUCGGAGAAGAAUCGUUUCAUAAACUUGAUGAUUAGCAAUUGUUUGCUUACUCCGGAUGGUGACGUAUGGGACUCUCUAAAGUGUGCCUUUAGGGAUCUCCACUCACUGAAACAAGAGCACAAAGAGAACGGGUACCUUCGUUUUCAAUUGGAACAAGCAACGGAAAAAAAUAAGCAACUGGAAGAUUCCUUUGCUCACUACAAGCUUGCUACAGAUGAAAAAACAGCAGAAAAAGAUGAAUUGCGCGCUGAAUUGACCGAAAAAGUACGACAAUUGCAAGAAUCGCAACGAAAUUUGGAGCGAUUGAUUGAAGAAAAUUCGUCACUCAAUCAGUCGAUUUCUAAAACGAAUGAGGCUGAGGAAAAUCUUACCAAAAAAUUGAGCGACCUAAAACAAUUGGUGAAGAUACAGGAAUGUCGUCUUGAAUCUGCUCAUGAGCGGCUUAAGCUAUAUGAACAAUCGGAGUUAAUUCUGGUAGCAGCAAAGGAAUCAUUCUUUAACGACCUUCGAGCGCUGCAAGAUGCUAUUCUAUUGGAAAAACAAGAAAAAUAUGAUCUGGAGAAAGAAGUGCUCGAACUACGUCAGAACAUGGUUAACACGGUUGGAAACAAUUUAAGAAAUUUCCAUCCUAUGGAUAGUUCUGCUGAAGCAAGUGGAUCACAAUCGAUCGCCAUAGUGAGUCCUGAUGCUCAAUCGCUGCCAAUGUCUUGCACCAGUUUAGACUUCGAUCAGUUACGAGUCCUAGUGGAAGAAAGCUCUCAAAAAACAUACUCUCUUCAAAAUUUACAUGAAUGUGUUUCUUCGUUGAAACUGGAAAUGGACAAUCUCAAUUCCGUUUUGCAACUCAACAACUAUCCUCAACAGCAGCAGCAGCACCAUCAUCACCAUUAUCAUCCACAACUACCGCACCGAUUUCCGCUGUCUCUGAUGGAUGAACUAAACGACGCCACAAAUGGUCAUUAUGGCAGUAGAUGA